UCUGUCUUUCUUUCUUUACUUUUUAACCAAUCAGAAUCGACCGACUUCUCACAGUCCCACCAACCGACCGACCGACCCGUCAAACAGAUGUAAUUAGCUUCAAAUCGAAAUGGACUUACGAAAAAAGUUGUUUUAUUAGCGUCAACUCUCGAUGGAUGUAAAACUGCUUUUAUUCUUCUUUUUAUUUGGACUAAAUGAAAUAUCACAAGGUCCCAGCCAUUGCACGGCCACAGUUUGCCGUGGUACAAGACAAAAGUUCUCUCAUUCUGGUUCACCCCAGGUCCGUUAUGAAACACUGCGGAGAAAAUACACGAACUGUACAUAUAUCGAAGGCAACCUGGAAAUUGUCUUCUUGACUGAUUUAUCAAUUAAAUAUGACUUCUCAUUUCUAGAGACCAUAAAAGAAAUUACUGGUUAUGUUCUUAUUAUUCACGUUUAUGCAGAUUACAUACCCCUAACUAAUCUUCAAAUUAUACGUGGACGAGAGCUUCUUGAAGUGGAAGACGAGAAUUACAGUUUAUACGUAGCUAAGAAUUAUGAUGCGACAUAUAAAAAAACUGGUCUUAAAGAAUUACGUUUCAAAUCUCUUGGAGAAAUCCUGAAUGGAAAAGUUGGAUUUAUAGACAAUCUCCUACUGUGUUAUGAAGUGACAGUCAAUUGGACAGAUAUUAAUCCCACUUCAAAUCCACCAGUCAUAUUCAUCCAUUCUGAAGGCGUGCGGAGGCAAUGUGAGCCAUGCCACUCCAGCUGUUAUCAAAAUACCACAAAACGAAGAAAUUGUUGGGGUUCUGGACCAGACAUGUGCCAAAAAUUGAGUUAUGGUCCUGUGUGCAGUGCUUCCUGUGACAAUCGUUGUUUUGGUAAACUGCCGAAUCAGUGUUGCCAUUCUCAAUGUGCAAGUGGAUGUACUGGGCCCAAGAAAAGAGAUUGUCUUGCUUGUAGGAAAUUCAAAGAUGAUGGUGAAUGUGUUCCAUUCUGUCCUCAAAUGUAUAUCUAUAAUGAAAAAACUUUCCAAUGGGAACGGAAUCCAAAUUACAAAUAUUCCUAUGGCUCUCUGUGUGUGAAAGAUUGUCCAAAGCAUAUGUUGAAGGAUAAUGCUGCAUGUGUAAGAAAAUGUCCUGUGGAGAAGCAAGUAAUAAACAACACCUGUGUGAAAUGUGACGGAGCCUGCCCAAAAACCUGUGAAGGAACAAAGCAAUGGUUGACUUCAAAGAAUAUUAAACUUUUCAAGGACUGUACCAUUAUUGAGGGUAAUCUUGUUAUGUACCAAGUAUCAUUCGAUGGAGACAGCAAAGGCGACAUUAGUGCUUUGAGCAUCAGCGAUCUUGACUAUCUAAAAACCAUUCGAGAAAUAACAGGUUAUUUAGUUAUUCAUGCAAGCCCAACCGAGUUGGAAACCCUGUCAUUUCUAGAAAACCUUGAAGUUAUUGGUGGACGCAAUGAAGCCAUAGAAGAGAAAUCUUUGUUCAUCUCGGGAACUAAUCUGUUGUCUCUUGGCUUGACUAAAUUAAAACAAAUCCGCAAUGGCAAUGUGGUCGUCAAUGGAAAUAAGAAAUUGUGUUAUGCUGAGACCAUAGUGUUCAGAUCAAUAUUUAUGACUGCUGGCCAGAAAGAGUAUGUGUUUGAUAAUAGUGAUACAUGUGGAAAUAAGACAUGUGAUCCUCAAUGCAAGAAUGGAUGUUGGGGCGCUGGUCCUAAACAAUGCUUAAGCUGUGCCAAUUACUGUAUUAAGAAAAUAAAUCUUUGUGUUGCUUCUUGCUCCAGUGUGCCAUUACAUUACGACGCUGGUAAUAAAAUCUGCAAGAAAUGCCAUUCACAAUGUGCAAAUAGUUGCACUGGACGUAAUGACACUAACUGUGAUAGCUGUUUAAAAGUGCAACUUGGUUCCAGCUGCAUUAAUGAAUGUCCUCUCAACAUGUUUCCAAACCAGAAAAAGAUCUGCCAACAGUGCCAUAAGGAUUGUGAUUCUGGAUGUUCUGGCCCAAGUAAUGAACUAAAAAUUGGUGGCUGCCAUAGCUGUGCUAUUGGACUUCAGCAGACUGAUGGCAGAGUUGUAUGUUUCUUAGCGGAGAGCUUUGAAUGUCCGGAUGAUUACCAUAGAAAUUACAAGGAAGAUAAAAUGCCACAGAUGAAAGGGAAAAUUUUAUGUGUUCCUUGUCAUGAAGAAUGCAAAUCAUGUUAUGACAAAGGGAAUUAUUCCUGCAAAGACUGUCGCCACUUUAGAUUGCAACCAUACUGCACAAAAAAAUGUCCAAGUAGCUAUUUUAGUGAUAGAGAACAGAAGAAAUGUAUUAAAUGCCACAAAGAGUGUUUGAAUGAAUGUCAUGGGCUUACAUCAUCCGACUGUACUGCCUGUCGCAACUUCAAGAUUUAUUUAAACAGCAAUCAAACUGCGUUUAACUGCACAGGAAUCUGCCCAUCAUCUAAGCCACAUUCUAUCGCAGAAGGUGAAGCGGGAAAUGGUCAAUUGUGUGUUGAUGAUAAACAUCCUGUGAUUGUUAGUAAAAUACAGGAAAAGGAGAAGAAAACCAGUGCCAUUGCUAUUGUAACAAGUGUUGUGACUGUGGUCGUUGUAAUUAUUCUUUUAAUAGUUUACUACUACUGUAGACGAGCUCGUGAAAUAACAGCUGUUACCAAAUUAAAUGCUGCAAUGAUGGGUUAUGAUGAAAAUGAGCCUCUCAAUCCAACUGGUGCAAAACCAAAUUUGGCUAAACUUCGAUUAAUUAAAGAAUCUGAACUAAGAAAAGGUGGCAUAAUUGGAUCUGGAGCAUUUGGAACUGUCUACAAGGGAUUCUGGAUUCCUGAUGGUGAAAAUGUGAAGAUUCCUGUUGCAAUCAAAGUUCUCCAAGAAGGAACAUCACCAAGCCAGAAUAAGGAAUUGUUAGAGGAAGCUCGAGUAAUGUGCUCAGUUGAUCAACAAUGUUGUAUCAGGAUAUUAGCUGUGUGUAUGACUGCUCAGAUGAUGUUGAUUACACCCCUCAUGCCACUCGGAUGUCUGCUCGAUUAUAUUCGCAAACAUCAGAAAGCUAUAGGGUCUAAAGUUCUUCUCAACUGGUGUACACAAAUUGCUAAGGGUAUGGCUUAUUUAGAAGGCAGAGCCAUUGUUCACAGGGAUUUAGCAGCUCGGAAUGUUUUAUUGCAAACUCCUAAUCAAAUAAGGAUUACAGACUUUGGUUUAGCCAAAUUACUUGACUAUAACGAAGAAGAAUACAUUGCUGCUGGUGGCAAAAUGCCUAUUAAAUGGUUGGCCCUUGAGUGCAUCCAGCACAGGAUAUUUACUCAUAAAAGUGAUGUAUGGAGUUAUGGGGUUACUGUCUGGGAGCUGUUUACGUAUGGCCAGCGACCCUAUGAAAGUGUUCGAGCAGCACAUGUACCAGAUUUGUUAGAAAAAGGAGAACGUCUACCACAGCCAAACAUUUGUACAAUCGAUGUGUACAUGAUAAUGAUUAAAUGCUGGAUGCUGGAUGCUGAAAGCAGACCAUCUUUUAAAGAAUUAGAGGUUGAAUUUGGUAAAAUGUCUAGAGAUCCUGGACGUUAUUUGGUCAUUGAAGGAGAUAAAUUGAUGCGACUUCCAAGUUUAACAUAUGACAAAAGGGAUUUACUCCAGAGCUUAAGUUUAGCAACUGAAGGUCCUGAAGAACUUGUAGAAGCAGAAGAUUAUUUAAUGCCACAGUCAUCUCAAGCGGCAGCAGAUGGCAAUGGAGACAACAAUAACGAUGGCUCAAAGAUAGCUUCAGGAAAUUCUCCAGAAGAUGUCUUUCACCCAGACGCCGGCAUUGAAAAGCAAAAUGAACUUGAUAACAGACGUCGAGAAAAACGUUAUGGCCAUCUUGAAUCAGCAGCAGCCGCUCGACAUCAACGACAGAUGGAUCCCCAUCGCAGGGGCCGUGAAGACAGCAUUAAUUCUCGUUAUAGUACCGAUCCUAUUAAAUAUUCAAGAGACAGAGAUAACAUUGAAUUUGACCCAAACCACAUGAUGGGAUAUCAGCCCAAACUGGUUCCUACUGCACCAUUCCUUUCUUCCCAUCAGUUACCUGUUGAUGAAGAUGAUUACCUUCAACCAAAGUCAUCAAAUCCAGCAGCCUACAUUGAUUUUAAUGAUACUUACAAGAAUAAUUAUGAACCAACAAAUGAUGAAUUAAUGAAAGACAUUCUUGGAGCCACCACAAUGGCUUCUGUAGAAAAUCCUGAAUAUUUUGAACAGAACAAUACAACUGAUCCUCUUCCUGGGUCAAGUGACAGUUUCCAAAAAGGGAAUGAUAAUGACAUUACUUACUACAAUGAUGUUUCCAAAUUGGACAAAGGACCUCAAGUUCUAAAGCCAUUAGUACCAGAUGAUAACACCUCAGAAACCAAAGUUUGAUCUUUGAUUCCAAAAUAGAGACUACAACAACUAUCACAACCAAUAAAACAAUUCUCUUUUAGCUGAAGCCAUCUUAUUUCAAAUGCCAGCUGUCUGAAUCUUAGUUCCAUUGAAACUAAGAUCGAAUUUGAAACCAGACGACAUCCUUAAUCAUUGCCUGAUUAGCAAUAUGAAAUGCAUAAUUAAAAUUACAUAUACUUCAUUGGUCUUUGAUGCAAAAAAAGAAAAUUAUAAAGUGUGUGUGUGUGUGUGUGUGUGUGUGUGAGUGAAUGAGUGUUUCUAUGUAUCCAUGUGUUUGCAUAUAAAUUAAAGAAAUUUGUCAUUCCUGGUCCGACAGCUGAACUCAGUAUGCCUCUCCAGUCAUUUUCUUAAAAUGGAAAUGAUAGUAAAAGAAAAGAAACACAAGUUACCAAUAGUUCAUCAUAUGCUUUAAGUAAUUGUUUUUAGUUGUGAAAUGGUUUUAAUUUUCAAUGCCAGUGGAAACUAUGAAUUAGUUUCAAUUAAAUGCAACCCAUUUGAGAUAAUCUCUGAAACUAGGGAUUGUCUUGGAGAUAGAUCUUACUUUAACAGGGAUCAUUAAAAUGACAGCCCCUAUAUGUAUAUAUAUGUUAGAGGGAGCGAGAAACUAUAAAUCAGUUUCUCUUUGUUUGGGCCAUUAUGAAAACUGUUUUUGUAUGAUAAGAGUGUCCUUAGACCAAGUCUAUCUUUCUGGGACAAACUAUCAAAAUUAACCCACCCACCCCAAUAGACAGCGAGAAUGUUACAUUGUUGACAUGAUGGAGAUAUGGAAAGAUUCUCCAAAGAGCAUUUUCUCUGCCUUGAUUUAAAAUUAUUGCAGUCAAGUCUCAAUAUAAAAGCUGCGUUGUCUACCAAGGCUUAACAGGGCCAUUUAAGAGCAUUUAUCUAUAAAUGUUCGUAUUAUAUACACAGAGUCUA